AUGGCCUUCCGUAUCCCCUUCGCUCAAUCUUUCUGGCAAGAAUACCUGUCCGGCCAGGAAGCCAACCUGCCUCGUCUUCCCGAAGUCGAGCAAGUCACCGAGACGGUGAUGCGCAUUCUCGGAGGUAAUCCCGGGCGCAUGCAGCUGCAAGGGACCAACACCUACCUCGUGGGGACGGGCAAAUUCCGAAUUCUCAUUGACACCGGCCAGGGUGAAGCAAGCUGGAUCGAAGCCCUCACGAAACAACUUGAAGCCAAUGGUCUAGAAAUUUCCCAUGUCUUGCUCACUCACUGGCACGGAGACCACACCGGGGGAGUCCCCGACCUCAUCACCUACAACCCCGAACUAUCCUCGCGGGUAUACAAAAACACCCCCGAUCUCGGCCAACAAGCCAUCCACGAUGGACAGAAGUUCCACGUAGAGGGCGCAACUAUCCGUGCUGUCUUCACCCCCGGCCACGCCUUUGAUCACAUGUGCUUCCUGCUGGAGGAAGAAAAUGCCCUCUUCACCGGGGACAACGUGCUGGGACACGGAUAUUCCGUUGUGGAAGAUCUGGGCACAUAUAUGACCAGUCUAACACGCAUGGCGGACCUCAACUGCGCACUUGGGUAUCCAGCUCAUGGGACGCGUAUCGAGGAUCUUCCUGCCAAGAUGAAGGAAUAUAUCCAGCAUAAGGAGUCAAGGAUGCGGCAGGUGCUGGCCGCCUUGGAGAGGAGUCGGGCGAGGAUGACGGCAACUGGGGGUGGGCGUCGUGCGGGUGCGCUGACAUUCCCGGAGCUUAUCAACUCUAUGUAUGGAGGGAUUCCGGAUGAUAUUGAGCAGGCUUUGACGCCGUUCUUGAGUCAGGUUUUGUGGAAAUUAGCGGAGGAUCGGAAGGUUGGGUUUGAGGGCGAGCCGAGUCAGAGACGCUGGUUUGCGGUUGGGCCGCCAGCUGCAACUGCAGUGAGGCUGUAG